ACGGCAACACAGCCGGGUACAAAUUAUACCAUGAGAGGCAGCAGCGAAAAUAGAAACUUAUCGUUCCAUCACGCCGGUCAACGUUUCAACCCCGGAACAACACCCGUUAACAUGUCACUGCUAGUAUUAGCUACGUGGGGCUUCCGGUGGGUGUGCACGUUUUUGGAUCAAACAUCAUGCUGUCCUGAUGGUGAUGCGUAGUAGUAUAAUAUCGUUCUACUAAUAAAAAGAGAAGUUACCUCCGGUGAUCGACGCUCAAGCCACUUCGAAAUUCCGACCUUCUGUGCACUCCCUAUUCCGAACUCCAUGGAAAAGCCCUCCACAAUGUUGAUCGAGCAGUUACAAAGCGUCCACUCUCGUCAACGGAAGGUCAUUCAACAACUGCAGGCAGAUAACGCUAGAUUACUCAGCGAUCUCGUUGAGAUUCGUCGGGAGAGAGACGCUUUCCGAGCGGAGGCUGCGAAGCUUCGCAAGGAGCAGGCAGAACUGCACAACCGACUGGAUGAAACGUUGUCAGAGUAUCAAGAUUUGCGGCGGGAACGUCUCACUCUUUCUCGCGCAUUCAGCAAUGCGUCUUUGGGACGGCCAUCAAAAGCUAAUAAUAAGGCGAUGCAUAUCUUAACAGCGUCGUUGACAAGAGAUGAAGCAAAGAGUCCAUCUCUUGAUUACAACACAGAGAUGACCCACAACAGGCAGAACUCAUAUUCAAGUCGCAAGUUACCAGAACCUGUAAUAACGGACGAUCCCCAAAUGGAUCAGCCUGUUCGCCCAAGUCGGAAGCUGCCUACGACCGUGAUGCCUGUUCCUAGGGUAUCAUUGUACGCACUCGACAUGAACUGUUGAAUGAUGGGCCAUGGGUAUGAGUUUAUGUCACCACGUCAGGACAUGUAACGGAAGGCAAUGCCAAGAAAACUACUUGCGGCUUGCCUCGUGUCAUGUUGUUGUGGAUAUGUAUCAGAGGACAGUAUAAUCGGAUGUUGGGCUUGGUACUUAUGUUAGGACGUCAAGAUCAUAGUAACGGUAACGCCAUGUUGUAAUGACACAGAUUGGACCUUGUGUAAAA